GUGCAAUGUAUUAUAAAGUUGAAUGGCGUACAUUUCACGCUAAACCGUUACAGUUGAAAGAAAACAAAGUGUAUAAUUAUCCAUUGUUUAGUAAUAAUUAUUUUAACUGGAAAAUCUCUCUUAUAAUUUUUUUAAACGAUAUCUGAUUCAAUAUCGUUGGCAAGAUAAAAGAGAAAUUAUUUAUUUGUCAUUUAUUAUCAAACAAUCAGAGUGAAUAUCCCACUCUAACUUACCAUUUCAAUAUUACGUUCAUUUAUAUUUAACUACUAACACAUUAAAUAUUAUAAUAUUUGUUAUUAUAAUAAUUUUUGUGCUGCGUAUGAUAUUAGAAUAUAAUCUACGCUUGUAUGUCAAUUUUUCUAUUAAAUAGAUAAACAUAAUUCGUAGUGACAUUAGUUUAUGUUUUCUAUACAAAAUAUACAAUUGAAAAAAAGUAAACAAUUAGCAUCUACAUACAACUAUGUUUUUAAACAUUAAGCUUUAUAUGAAGCAUAUUUAAUAAUAAAAUAUUAUGUUCUCUCUGCGAUCAAGCAGUAAGAAUGGCACCAGGACGAGACGAAGUUCCUGUUAAAAGAAUAGCAGCACCAGGUUGUAAGUUGCCAGCAAAAUUACCAGCAAAUGAGAUUCUUACAGAUAUCACUCAGAAUAAAUGGAGACUUGGUAGUAGCAUUGGAUAUGGUGGAUUUGGCGAUAUAUAUUUAGCUUCCAAAGAUAUUACAUCUCCAGUAGGCGAUGAUGCACAAUAUGUUAUUAAAAUUGAACCACAUAAUAAUGGACCUUUAUUUGUUGAGAUGAACUUUUAUAUUAGAGUAUCUAGGAAACAUAUGAUUGAAAGUUGGUGUAAAACACAAAGAAAAAGAAGAAUAGGCGUUCCAACUUACGAAGGAUCUGGAUCUCAUGUUUAUCAAGGACAACGUUACAGAUUUUUAGUGAUACCAAGAUAUGGUAUAGAUAUUGGUAAACUGUUUAUAUCAAAUAACAGAAAAUUACCAACUAGACUUGUUAAUAAUUUAGCUGUACAAAUGCUAGAUGCAUUAGAGUACAUUCAUAGUCAUGGAUAUGCUCACGCAGAUAUUAAAGGCCCAAAUAUUUUAUUAGCUCCUUAUGAAGAAAGUGUAGUGAGAGAAAGAUCUCAAGCUUACUUGGUAGAUUAUGGAUUGGCUUAUCGCUUUAGAACAACAGCUGGUAAUCACAAACCAUUUGUUCAUGAUGAAAGAAGAGCACACGAAGGAACCCUGGAAUUUACGUCUCGUGAUGCGCAUCAUGGAACACACUCAAGAAGAGGAGAUCUUGAAACAUUAGGAUAUAACUUAUUACAAUGGAUGUGUGGUAAAUUACCUUGGGAAAAAGAUAGUAAUGAUUUAUCCGAAGCGAUAGAUCCGGAAGAAGUUCAUGCUGAAAAGGAAGCUUUAUUAUCAAAUUUAUCUCUACUUAUGGAGAAAUGUUUCCCAACCAGAAAGAAUUAUCCAUCUGCUCUUAUGGAAUAUAUGAAGUAUAUUACAGAAUUAGAUUUUGAAAGCAAACCAAAUUAUUCUUAUCUUAGAAGUCUAUUUCACCCUGGCACCAAUCAAGAAAGUAAAGUUCCUACGUGUCUCUUCAACAUCCACGAGUCCAAUGAAAAUACUUGUGCCACGUCGAUUAGGCGACCAUAUUUACGAGAACGAAAACCAUGCAGACCCGUAAAUGGCGAGAUUCGAAUAACAAGAAAUACGCAAUCGAAAAGUCAACCAAAAAAAUUCUGUUGGGAGGAAGUAUUGGCAUUUCAUCCAGACAGACUAGCAAAAAUUAGUGUACAAACACCGCCAACUCCAUUGACACCACCACCGUCCCCACCACCAUCGCCAAUUCCAUCGCUACCCACUUAUGCGAUGUUAGAUGUUAUUCGUAGAAUGAAAGAGAGACAAUCAGGAGCAUAUAAACAUAGGUCACGAUCAGUAGACAUUGACUGUAAAGCAAAAUGGAUGACUCCGGCGAUGGAAGAAAUUGUACGUUUGAAAAAGAGAUCAUUGGAGACUUUGAUUUCGUCUAUUAAUUCUAAUACCUCUGGUACGGCACGUAUAACACGUUCUCGAGUGGCAAAGUUAAAACGUUUAGGAAAUCAUGACAAGUUCGAUCAAAUGCUAAAUAGCUCCAGUAAUAGCAGAAACGCACAAAGAAAAAAAUAAGACAUUAUGCUACUACGCUAAAAAUUUUUCGAUCAAUCUCAAAUGUCUGUUGUUAUCGAACAAUAUAUUUGCCUCUCCGAUUAUUUUAUUAUCAGACAUAUACUUAAUAAGUAUUAUAUAAUUUUUUUUUAGCUUAUACUUAGAUUUAUAUAAUAAUUAAUGUUCGACGUUCCUCACACGAUGGGAUAAAAAUUUGAUCUAUUAUUAUUAACAUCAUUACUGUGUUAUUGUUCACUGUACAAUGUUAUUAAAAAACAAAUGUGUACCGUCGAGACAGUUUCGCGUUAAUCGACGAAUAAAAAAGAAACUACACUUCUCUGUAUCGUGAUUUUUGAUUUAAUGAAAUUGUACAAGGAACGAAAUUAUCGUAUCGUCACGUAAAAGACUGUUUAAAUAUCGUUUUUCUUCUUUUUCUUCUGUUCUUUUUUUUUAUUUUUUUUACUUUUUUUAAUUUUUAAUUUUUUUUCUGUUGCUUAACAAAAUUAUGAUGAAUGUAAAAUCUUUUUAAAUGCUUGUAUAGUGAGUAAAUGAUUAUAUAUACACACACAUAGAGUAUAAGUAGAGAUAAAAAUGAUUUUGGAGAAUAUGUAUAACUUCAUUAUAAUAUCUCUUUAAGCAAAGAACAAAUCAAAGAAACUUGUGUUAAUUUAGCGAUUAACAAUCGCAUCGAAACAAACAAAAUGAAAAAAGAUAUAAUUCUCGUAGUAGCGUACGAUCUUGUAAAAAAAUUAAAAGAACAAAAAGUAUAUAUAUAUAUAUAGAAUAUAUAUAUACAUAUAUACAUAAGAAAGAACAAGGAUUUACAAAAAAAAGGAAAAAUAUUACUCCACCGAACAAAAUGCUUGUUAGUCUGAUAAAAAUUGUGUAGCGCUGACAUAGUAAUUGUCUUUUAAAUAAACAUACACGUUCAUGAUAAUCGAUUCCUUCGAAAGAAAGAAAAUCAUUCAUUGUCUUAUUUAUGUAUUUGUUUAUCGCAUUAGAGGAAACGUGUUGUUUUGUAGUAUAUAGAAAUGCCAUAUAUAUAUAUAUAUAUAUAUAUAUAUAUAUAUAUAUAUAUGCAUUUAUCGUGCCAAUUUCUCUGGGAAAACUCAACCGGACAUUGGUUAUCUCUUUUGAAAACGAUAAACAAUGAAACAUCGAAUAAACAACAAGUUGUGUUUUGCUAUUCUUUUAUCAAAGUUAUACAAGGUUAAAGAAAAAUAUUUGCGAUUAGAGAAAAAAGAGAAAACUGAUUAAGCCAUCCAAAGUACGAUAACUAAAUUAUAGAAUCGAUCAAGAUUUGUUAAUUAUUAACUGACUCGUUAUUAGUAUUGUUUAGUUGGAAAAAAAAACGUUUCGUCGGGUUCAUUGUACUCAUUUCUUGCAAUUCGUUAAAUUUUACACUACUGUGACAUAGCUCUCGUGCCUUUUUCCAUCGUUUGUCACCGCUAGAAGCUUUCCUAGAAUCACGCAUUUGGCCGUCGGCCGAGUUUCGUCUCCCUCUAAUUUCCUUUUUCCUACGUACUACUCGAAUUUAGCGAGCCAUCAGGCGAGGUUUAGGGUGAAUCACAGAGCAGCACGCACCCUGUCCUUCUUGCCAAAUAGUCGGCCACGGUAGAUUCAUUGGUAUUUAUUGACCGUCAGCUGUGUUCUCUUGAAAAGUUUCUUCUGAGACACUGCAUUAUUAUAUUUUCCUUCUCUUCUUAAAUUCACUUGUAUCAACAUUUCUCAUUUUUUUUUAUAUUUUUCUUUUUUCUUCCUUUUUCUUUCUUUAAGUCGACGAAAGAUUUUCUUUAUUUCUUUAACGAACGUCAUGUGCUCUACGAAUUUUUUUUAAUUGAGUUAUUAUAUAUAUAUAUAUAUAUAUAUAUAUAUAUAUAUAUAUAUAUAAAAGGAAUUAUUCUCUUAGAAAAAGAAUAAAAAAAUGUAUGGAAAAAAACGAAGUUGAUCUUUUUUCUCGAAGCGAUUAGAAAGAACUACGAUAAAUAAACGAGAACUAGGCGAACAAAACAAAAGGAGCGUCGGAAAGAAAAGGAAAAAGGAUAUGAAAACAUGCUUGUUAUUUUCGCACGUUCGAAAUGAGACGCGUCAAUGCACUGCGCGCGAAUCUUUCGUCUGAACGUCGUCAGAGCGCGACACGGCAAUAUUCCGCAAGUGCGCAUGCGCAAUACAGUUCGAUGAACCAUAUAAAUAUCGGUGCUGAAAGUUUUCGCGGGUAGUUGCUUGCGCGCAUUGAGAGAAGGUGAUUCGUUCGUCGAAAAAAAAAAAUAAGCGCAAAUUAACAAAUUGCAUCUCUAUAUACAAUUUGUUUUUUUUUAAAUAUACAUAUAUAUAUAUAUAUAUACAUAUUUAUAUAUAUUCACAGAAACGCACAUCUCUAUAUACAUACAUACAUAUAUAUAAUAUAAAUAUAUCAUAGUACGUAUGGUACUAGCCGAUAGUUUUUCGCUCGAAGCGAUCGAAGAGGAAGAGGAGAACUUCGUCGAGAACAACGAAAGGAAGAAAUUAGUGAAAAAAGAAGAAAAUUUAGGAAUCAAGAUGCCGGCCGACGUAGCUAUGCAUACCAACUUCCUUCAAUUCAACCAAUCGAGCUUGAAAGAAUCGAACGUCGAUUCCUGCUGGAAUACGGAGAACAUGAGCGGUUAUAUGACCUUGGUGGGUCCGAACGGUCAUCGGCAGGGCGUGCAGGUGAAGGUCUAUCGUACGAGCGUCGAACACUUUGCCGUAGUUUAUCCGCAAAAAAAGGUCUGCCGACCGUUGGGAGUACUUAAUUUGAGAAACACAACGAUCGAGAGAUUCGGCGAGGAAGGUUUUCUCGUACGUCAGAAGGGUUUUGAUUCGCCCAUAGCGUUGACCUUUCUAAUGGAGAACAAAAAGGAGUUGGAUUAUUGGAUAAUGGCGUUUACAGCUAGAACGAGUCCUUUGGUGCAUCAAAGUAGCCUGCCUAUAGUCGAGGAAGAAGAAAUCUAAUUAACGAGAGAAGAAAUCCUAAACGAUUUAGCAGAUAAACGAAGUGUCGUCCUGAUCGAGUCGUAGACUCGAAUAAUUAAAAGAGGGAUGGCCUCCGCUUCUCUCCUUGGAGGACGCAUGGCCGAAAGCCAGCCGAUCGACCACCGUCUCUCUCUGCGUGUGUGCGUAUGUUUGUGCGUGUACGUGCGUGCGAUGCGUAUCCGCACUCAUAAUAUGAGUCUCCUUGCUAUCCUGGCUUCAACGAGAAUGAGAUAAGAGAGGACCAUGAGAUAUGAAAAAAGUAGACGAGAGAAGAGGAGAAGAGAGAAGAGGAAAGGAAAGGAAAGGAAAGGUCUUCGCCACUCCCGAGAAUUCAUUCAAGCUCUUCCGGGUUCCAGGAAUCGUUAAAAAACAAGGGAAGAGAAAAAGAGAGAAGGAGAGAGAGACCGAACUCUCCCCUUUGAGUAAUAUUCAAGGAUGUUUCGAAGAAGAAAAAAAAACGAGAUGAAAGAUGAGGAGAAAGGAAAGAGAGAGAUCUUAUUGAGAGAUCGAAGGAUAAAUCGUAAGUAGGGUCGAUCGUUUCGUCCUUUUAUCUCUCUCUCUCUCUCUCUCUCUCUCUCUCUCUCUCUCUCUCUCUCUGUCUGUCUCUUUCUCUCUUGGUCUCUCUCUUUCUCCCUCUCUCUCUCUCUCUCUCUCUCUCUCUCUCUCUCUCUCUCUCUCUCUCUCUCUCUCUCUCUCUCUCUCUCUCUCUCU